AUGUCUGCUGCACACAGCUCACUUGGUGCUGCGGCCGACGAGCGCAAAUCGCGCCUCGCGAAGCUCAAAUCUCUGAAGCGCAAACAACCUAGCGACGAAGACGCAGCCCCAGCAUCACCCCGCCGCUCACCCCCAGGCUCACCAGACGUCUCAAAACUUCAUCUGUCAGGGCGCAAUUAUGAUCCGGAAACCAGAGGCCCGAAGCUUGGGUUUGAGGCACCGCCUACACUAUCUCUUGAGAAGGAUACUCUCGAACAACAAGCAGCAGAGGUUGAAGCCGAGAUACGCAAGAAAACACAGGAGGAAGAGCAGGAUGACAAGGGCGUUGAUAUCUUCAAAUUACAGCCUAAGAAACCUAAUUGGGAUCUCAAGCGCGAUCUAGACAAGAAGUUGGAGAUCCUUAAUGUACGAACCGACAAUGCGAUUGCGGCACUGGUCAGAGAAAGGAUUGGGCAGGCUCAGAAAAAUGCUGGCGAUAAGACUGGCGGCGGGCCUAUUACAGCUGCAGCUGUAGAGCAAGGCGGGGAUGAGAUUGGCAUGGAAGGCAUCGCGCUUGUGGAGGGCGCCAGACUGCGCGAGCAGGAGGAGAAGCUGGAGGAACAGCGAGAAAAGGACGACGAGAUGAUGGUGUAA